AAGGUGAAUAAAUGAGAAUUAUGGGUUCCAAACCUCUACCAACUGAGUUAAACUCAUGCUUUUUGUAAUUCUUAUUAUUGGUGGCUAUGUUGUUUUGGUUUUAAAUUUCAGAGUGAAAAAUUGUGACUUUUCAGCAUGUUGGUUUAGUUUAGGUUAUGGUUUUUUGUGUAGAUGAAAAGGUUUUUUUUAAUGUGAAAUCAUAUGGGUAAUCCUAGUUUGCUCUUCUCAGGUUCGAAUUCUCACGGUGCCACUUCUUGCGUUGGGUCAGUUCAUAUAGAGCAAAACUCUGACUUUAAAUGGGCCCUCCGUUUGUGGACCGUGGGAUUGGUGUCCCUCGGAUUAGUCAGUAUAUAUGCCAUCAUGUACCAAUGCAUGGAGAAUAUAGAUUCAUGUGCUGUAUGAAGAACCACAAAUCAGUCCGAAGAUUAGCAUCAUUCACAACAACACAGAAAGGCAAUCCAACCACUAGUGGUGAUGAUUUAUGCAAGAUAGUUUGGACAGUAGAAGCUAAUUUAGAAGAUGGUCACCUCCUGUACAUAACUGGGGAUCCUGCUGUGUUAGGCUGCUGGAAACCAAACAUGGCUUUACUAAUGUCUCCUACGGAGCAUGCUAAUAUAUGGAAAGCCGAAUCUCAGAUUGCUUUUGGCUUGAAUUUUAAAUAUAAUUAUUUCAUUAAGGAAAAAUCACGGUCUUCAAGUAACAUUAUUUGGAAGCCUGGACCAGCAUUUUCUCUUUCAGUGCCUCUUACACUCGUAGAAGAUAAUGAAAUUGUGGUGAGGGAUUUAUGGAUUAGUUCUGAUUUCAAUAUUUCUUCAGCUCAUGCAUGGAGCCCCUUCAAUGAGGAAACAUAUCUUCUAAGGCAACCCUCUAUUUUUUUCACAGUCAAAGAUGAACGAAGGAAUACGAGUUUCCUUGAAAAUGAUUUCCUAAAGUCUCAGACACCCAUUUUGGCAGAUCAGUUAUUUUUUGACAAUAUAGACACGGCGAUUUUAAGUAAUACGGAUUCACAUUCAAUUGACAUUCUUUCUGAGAAUUACCACCCUGUUGAGGAACCUUGGCUAGUUCAUUCACUGUGUUCGAUUGUAUCUGAGGAUAAAACGGAAUCCGAUGAAUCUAAAACUAAUGAUGCUGUGGAAGAGCAGGUGAAGUUGGUAGAUUCAGAAGUUUGGUUACCUGAUGAGAGUAGUAAUAAAAUUUUAAAAGACUCUGUUUCCUCCAUUAUUCUUAUUAACUCGUCAAUAUGUACCAUGCAAAGAAUUGCAGUACUCGAGGAUGAAAAAUUGGUUGAAUUAUUAUUGGAACCAGUGAAGACUAAUGUGCAAUGUGAUAGUGUGUAUGUAGGGGUAAUCACAAAACUUGUUCCUUCUAUGGGAGGUGCUUUUGUUGAUAUUGGGAAUUCUAGACCUGCUCUUAUGGACAUUAAGCAAUACAAAGAUCCAUUUAUUUUCCCUCCAUUUCUUCAAAAGAAAAAGAAAAAGAAAAAAGAAAUUGAUCUAAAGGGAAAAAGUGAUACCAUGUCUCGUGCUACUGAGGACGGUUCUUUAAAAUCUGUACCCAAUGACCAUGAGGAGCAUGAAACAGAUGAUGAUUUAUGUAUUUCAGAAGUUCUUCAGGAAAAUGUGAAUGGUAGCGUGGUUGAUGAUGAACUAGACGCUGACUUUGAGGAUGAUGUAGAGGGAACUGAUGUUCAUAUAAAAGGAGAAAUGAAUAACAGUUCUCUUCCUUUUGGCAUGAAUGGGUCUAUCAACUCUCAUAUUUUGCCCACAAAAGAUGCAAAGAGAGAAACGGCGGGAGAAAACAAAUGGAGCCAAGUUCGUAAGGGAACCAAAAUAGUUGUCCAAGUUGUUAAAGAGGGCCUUGGGACUAAGGGUCCUAUUCUGUCUCCUUUUCCUAAACUAAGAAGUAGAUUCUGGAUUUUGUCUACAAGUUGUGAUAAAAUUGGAAUCUCCAAAAAGAUUAUUAGUGUCGAGCGCACAAGGUUGAAAGUUAUAGCAAAGACAUUGCAGCCCAAGGGUUUUGGUCUCACUGUCAGAACUGUUGCUGCUGGUCAGUCUUUUGAGGAACUGCUGAAAGACUUGGAAGGUUUGCUUUCGACUUGGAAAAACAUAAUGGAACAUGCAAAAUCUUCUGCUCUUGCUGCGGAUGAAGGGGUGGAAGGAGCUGUUCCUGUUAUUUUGCACAGGGCAAUGGGUCAAACUCUCUCAGUGGUCCAAGAUUAUUUCAAUGAAACUGUUAAGAAAAUGGUGGUCGACUCCCCAAGGACAUUUCAUGAGGUGACCAAAUACCUUCAGGACAUAGCCCCUGAUCUUUGUGAUCGAGUUGAACUAUAUGAUAAAAAGGUUCCCCUUUUCGAUGAAUACAACAUUGAAGGAGAGCUAGACAAUAUCCUCAACAAAAAGGUUCCACUCGCUAAUGGAGGUUCCCUAAUCAUCGAACAAACUGAAGCAUUAGUCUCUAUUGAUGUAAAUGGAGGACAUGGGAUGGUUGGUCAUGGAACUUCCAAGGAGAAAGCUAUUGUAGAUGUCAAUCUUGCAGCUGCAAGACAGGAGAAAGCUAUUGUGGAGGUCAAUCUUGCAGCUGCAAGACAGAUUGCAAGGGAGUUAAGACUACGAGAUAUCGGUGGCAUCAUUGUGGUAGAUUUCAUUGACAUGACAGAUGAAGCAAAUAAAAGACUGGUCUAUGAAGAAGUCAAGAAAUCCAUCGAGAGAGACAGAUCUUUGGUAAGGAUCUCUGAGUUGUCAAGAAAUGGACUCAUGGAGAUAACACGAAAGAGGGUUCGACCAAGUGUGACAUUUAUGAUUACUGAACCAUGCCCAUGUUGCCAUGCCACAGGCAGGGUUGAAGCAUUAGAGACUUCCUUCUCAAAAAUUGAACAGCAAAUUUGUUGUAUUCUCGCAACAAUGGACCGUAACGGAGAACCUCAAAAUCCCAAGUCAUGGCCGAAAUUUAUUCUGAGGGUUGACCAUGAUAUGUGUGAGUACCUGACUUCAGGGAAAAAGACAAAACUUGGAAUAUUGAGCAGUUCUCUCAAAGUCUGGAUUCUCUUAAAGGUUGCUAGAGGGUUCACUAGAGGAUCAUUCGAGAUCAAACCAUAUACCGAUGACAAAGUGGACAAAAACCAGCAGCAACAAGGUGCCAUUUCAAAGGCUAGUACCAAAAGAAUUGCCUCAAUAUACACUCUUUUAAGUGAAAAAAUCAAAGGCUAGGUGAAGCAGAAGAUUUUGUUCCAUUUUUCUUCACCUGAAUUUUGUAUAUGCCAUACAUGGCUUAGAGAAAUACAGUCCAGGGUGGAUGUUGGAAGAGGAAAAAUAAUCUGGUUUCACUGUCGUAACAGGAGAGCAUUUUGUUGUAAAAAACUAAACUUUUUACAAAGUGAUUAACAAUCACAGCUUCAUUUGAGUUCCUAUCAAAAGUAGUAAUACCAGAAACAAUGGCAAUGAAAGGAUGAAAAAGUGAAAGUGGGGUACUAUUUUGCAGUCAUUAGUUAUUGACCAGAGUAAGCAUUUUUUACACUAAGAAUCUACAAGAAUGAGGGAAUCAUAGCUUUCCUGUUUUGAGAUAGGAAAAAGGGUACUUUUCAGUGUAAUGCUAAAAUCAUCAUAAAGAACAGUUGCAUGAGAAGAACCACCUUAGGCUGCCAAUCCAUUGGCUUUGAUUUUUUGUAAAAUUUAUGCAUUUGUUUAAGUAGUGCUACUCUAUAAAUGUUAAUUUAUUUAUAAAUUCUCCAAAAAAAUUAUGGGUUCA